UCCUGCUGAAGCACCUCCUUACACCGGAUGCCCUCCGCCCUGGCAAUGUUUCCAGCCUGCCCUUGAGGUUCCUGUUCUAUCAUCUCCUCAUCCACCACUUUCGGUUCAUCAUGCUGCCAAAACAUUUUACAGCGGACCUUCACCAGUUGCAAUGAUUAUGAGAUCAUGAGAUCAUUAGUUUAAUAAAAAAUCUCGUAUAUUUAAUAAAAGACCUGCUUGGAAAUAUAUAACUGAGGACGGACUCGCCAGCUGAACACCAACACUGUUUCUUAGCAAGAGCUGACGUUAAACGAGAUUAAAGCGGACAAAAUACAUUUAAGAAAUUUGAGUAAAUGAAGAAUUCCAUCUUUAAGAAUUUUCCGUGAUUGACAGUGGUAUUAAUCAAUCAAUGAAAGGUUUUGUCGUGUUUUAACCAAUCACACAGUGCUAUGGGCGGGGCUUGAUUGCGCUGUCUGUCAGUCUCUCUCUCUCUCUCGACGGAUUUUUGUUGUCGUCAAGAUGGAGUUCUUGUUGGGGAACCCGUACAGCUCUCCCGUUGGCCAGUGCAUUGAAAAAGCCACAGAUGGCUCCCUGCAGAAUGAAGACUGGAUGCUCAACAUGGAGAUCUGUGAUAUCAUUAAUGAGACCGAGGAAGGGCCCAAAGAUGCCAUGCGUGCGGUGAAGAAGAGACUUAACGGCAACAGGAACUUCCGGGAAGUGAUGCUGACUAUGACUGUGUUGGAAACUUGUGUGAAAAACUGCGGCCACCGUUUUCACGUCCUUGUGGCUAACAGAGACUUCAUCGAAGGGGUCAUGGUGAAGGUCAUCACUCCAAAGAACAACCCCCCUGCCAUAGUACAGGACAAAGUGCUGUCACUGAUUCAGGCUUGGGCAGAUGCUUUCAGGAGUAGCCCAGACCUCACUGGAGUUGUACAUAUUUAUGAAGAGCUGAAGAGGAAAGGAAUUGAUUUUCCCAUGGCAGAUCUGGAUGCUCUGUCACCAAUCCACACACCUCAACGGGGCGCACUAGAGGUGGAUCCAGGCACUCAUAUGUACAGCGCGCCCUCCCAGCCCAAGACAGAAUCUCAGAUGGCACCUAAACCUAUCGCUGCUCUGACCCAAAACUUCGAGCCCACUCAGAUCCCAACUGUAUCGGGUCCCAUUACAGCACACCCAGAGCAGAUCGCAAGGCUGAGAAGUGAGCUUGACAUUGUGCGUGGGAACAGUAAAGUGAUGUCAGCGAUGCUGACAGAGAUGGUGCCGGGCCAAGAGGACAAUUCUGAUCUUGAACUACUCCAGGAGCUGAACCGGACUUGUCGAGUCAUGCAGCGCAGGGUAGUGGAGCUCAUCUCUCGCGUUGCAAAUGAGGAGAUCACCGAAGAGCUGCUGCACGUCAACGAUGAUUUAAACAACGUCUUCCUGCGCUACGAGAGGUACGAGAGAUACAGAGUUGGCAGAUCUGCACAGAACAACGGGGUCCUGAAUGAGGCAUCAGAGGAGGAUAACCUGAUAGAUCUGGGUUCUGGUUCUCUGGCAGUGGUCACUCCUCGGGUCAGCUCUAGACCCACUCAUACACCUGCAUCCACCAUGCAGCCUCCUGCUGCUUCUGCUGUUGCGAGUACUGCCUCCCUCUCCACACAGCUGGCAGGGCUUGAUGUAGGUGCAGACAGCGUUAGUGGCACUCUCGGCUCACUCUCUGCUCACAACCCCCAGGAUGACUUUGACAUGUUCGCCAACACCAGGUCCAGCUCUCUGGCUGACCAGCGAAAAAAUGUUAAAUAUGAGGACCCUCAGGCUCUGGUUGGCCUGGCAUCUGCUUUAGACAUCAGACAGCAGAACACCACUGGGCUGAGUGUAAAAGAUCCUAACGCAGAGUUGGAGCCCAUAGACAGCUGGCUCAUUACCCAAGGAAUGAUCCCCGUAUCCCAGUCCUCUGUCAUGGAUGACAUUGAGGAGUGGCUCUGUGCUGAUGUGAAAGGUGAAGAGGCUGAAGAAGGAGUAACAAGUGAAGAGUUUGACAAGUUCUUAGAGGAGCGGGCCAAAGCUGCGGACAAGGCCUUACCGAUGGCUCCCAGUGGAGAACCCAGACCUCCCGUGAGUGCACCUAGCAGUAGCCGCAAGAAGGCGGAACGGACAGAAGACAAUCUCUUUGCUUUGUAGAACAUUGAAGGGAGAGAUACUCUUCGCUGUUGGCUGAGCUUCACCCCAGUGUCUGCAAACAUAUUCCCUCCAGCUUCACCUUCCAAACACUUGCUGUUCUAGCCUGUCCUGAUGUUAUACAGCAACAAGACCCCCAUCUAAUAUCCCCCAUGCCCUACUGGAGCACAGCUAAUAGAGCACUGUAAAAUCAGGCUACCACUUGGUUAUGACUAUUACCGCAACCUUCAAGUAGUGGGACGGGAUAGUGGAGCAAUGACGUCAAAGAAUAUGUAGCCGAAAAUAAUUACGAGGUUGAGAUUGCUCAUUGCGUGAUGCGUUAAGCUAAUUUGUUUAAUUCCUGCCCAAUAACAGAUGCUCAAUCGAAUAAUGCCGUUUUGUUUUGUUUUGCAUUUAUUGCAUUUAUUAUCAAACUAAUGGUCUUAAAAUUUGCCAUUCAGUGAGAUGAACUCUUUGCUAUUGUUAGCUAAAUCCUGUGGGCUAAUUUUUUGUAGCGGCCAGGUGAGAUGGUGAAUCAAAUAUGGUUUUAACUCAACCUGUCCUGGUGGUAAACAGAGCAUAGAAAAUCAUGAGAUCCUAAUCAAGUGUAGGAGCACAGAGACAACUGUGCCAAGCCCAAGAGAAAAUCAAGAAGACAAGUCUGCACACGGUCUGCUGCUUGUGAUUGGCUGUCUCAUACAUAAUUACGAGGGUCUGAUGAAGGAAAAUAACUACAUUCCUGUAAUCACCAUGUGCAAAAGACCAAAGACAGUUUCGAGUAAACUUGUUUUCAAUGGACAACGUUUUACUAAAGAAUUUGUUAACUUUUUCCAAAGAGUUGAGGUUUGGUCUAUGUCACUGUAAAUGCAAGGGUAUCCUUCAUUUUCCCGCGUACCGGUACGUCUCGCACACGGUCGAACGCUCAGUGUUUCAAAGUGUACUUGGUCGACGGAGACGCAUGCUCACUACGACUGCUUGAUUAUACGCUUCUAGCACACCUAACGGCAGGCACAUAUUGACGAAAUUUGCAUUAAGCCACAGUCACACUAGGUUUGAGCAUUCGAAAUUAUUUCGGACACCACAAAGGACAGGAUAUGAUGUCACACUCGAGGACUUCUGGUUUGAAUCAAUAGUAAAUCACAAGUAAUGUUUAUUUAAAAUGUUAAAAUAAUCUGUCUACUCACUUUCCUGCAACAAGACAUGAAUCUUUGAAAAAUGUAAUCUUUGUAUUGAGCCAAGAGGUCAGUGCGUGACGUUUUUAUCUUCUAUUGUUCCCGCGUGUUCUCGUCGUCUGAAUUUAAUUUGAGGUUAGAGUUCACCAAAUUUUGGUGUGCAGCAGUAUGCAAAAUUUUCAGCAAAAGCUUGUGUUUCUAACAGGGACUAGAGCAGGAACAUAAUGUUUUCCUUCGGGCUUAGAAGUUCCGCACCCUCCUUUCCAAUUGGUACUCAAAUAGAAUGAAAUAAAAGAACAGUUAAUAACAUUCUUUUUCAAAUGACAGUACUCUGCUAAGGGUGUAUAAUAUACCAGUUGCAGUGUUGCAAGAUCUCACAUGAGAAUAAAGUGACCUGAUCUGGAAAAACAAGCUCAAAAUUCACGACUUUCCGCACCCAAAAUAAGUUAAAAUAAUUUAUCAAAUGUGUUUACCAUUUGGGUGCAUUAUUAGCAUAGAAAUUAUAACAAGCAUAGAAUACAGUACCCUAUAUAAAAUAACAUAUUUUCAAUAAACGUGUUCUUAAUAUAAAACCUAUCCCUAAAGGUUUAAAUAUCUCUCUCCUACAUGCACAGGCACAUUUGAUCUAAACAUCACCUUAUUGUUUAAACCUUGUAUCCACAGAGAUUGCAUACUUAAACCAUGUUCUUCUGUAGCUAAAAAGCCCUGAAUCAACUUUAUUCUCAUUUAAUAACCAACUGUAACGAGGUAAACGGGAAAGUAGGAGAGAACCGGCUUUAUAAUAUAAAUAAUAUUUUAAUAACCAAAAAGACAAACGCACAUGCAUGUGUCGGACAGCUGUCCGUAACUCUCUCUCUGUCGCACUGCCGUCUCUGUUCGCCUUUAUCCAUCUCAGGCUUCAUCAGCCUAAUUAGAAUGAGGGAGGAGUGUGGCAGGGCGAAGGGCGGGGCCGGGUAGUGAUUCUGCACGGGCUGCCCUGCCACAUUCCUCCCUCUUUCUCAACGGGCUGGGGUCCCUCAGCAUGACGUACCCCCCCCCCCUUCCCUGGUGGGAGGCGUGCCCUUCCAGCCCGUCUACCGGCAGGUCUUCUCUGCCUUCCUGUGUCUGGGAGGGUACAGGGGGAGGGAAACAAACAACAAGAUCAAAAUACCCCACGGUAGUUAUACACCACAACAGUGAUUAUACCCAACUAAAAAUAUAAUAAUAAUAUUGAAAGUGAGAGGGAAUGGCCAAUGCGGAGCAGUAGCGGGAGAGAGAGUGGAGUAAAAAAUAAAAUUGACUCGCUGGUUCUCCGAUACGUCGUUGCUUGGUCAUCGGCCAUUGUUAUGUGACCACACCUUUAUGUGCACUGUGCGCGAGACAUACCGACAUGUGGAAAACCAAAGUAUUCUUUGGACUUUCGUUAAUUAAGACUUUAGUUCGAGCUUGCAUCUCUGGUCUCCCUCGUCUGGAUGUGUAUGAACGGGAGUGAAUGGAGCACAAAGUGUAAUGUGCCUGAAAAUGAAUGUGCACUGUGCGCGAGACAUACCGAACGUUCUGGCAUGCGGAAAACCAAAGUAUACUUUUUUCAGUUUCAGUGAUUAUAAAAUGCAAGACAUUUGUUUAGGGAAAAAAUUAAAUCUGCAGUGGUAAUGCAACUGGAAAUCGUUCGUAUUAUGCAAAUGACAAGUGAUGCUAUAUGCUAAUAGUAUUUACAAAUGAGCAGCCACGGCGACUACCAGUUGGAGUAUAGACCGUGGAGAUAAUGUAAUCCUUGACCUUAAACAUUCAGAUACUACAGUCAAGUAGGAAUGCCUACAAACAACCAUUAGUGACUUGGUGACCUCCAGCGAAUUCAUCGCUGUCAGGGUGAACGCACCUUUUGGAAGAAAAUUAUGUCUCCUCUGUUAUCUUGCCUGGAUGCAACGAUCGAUUUUAGUAAGUUAAGGGUGAAAUCUGCUAAAGCACAUUUAGCAAUGAAAGAUAGUAAAGAGAUGGAAAUUAUUAUUAUUAUUAUUAUUAUUAUUAUUAUUUUUUGCUAUGCUAGCCCUCACCAAGAGUAUGUUAGCCUAAUGGCAUUUGUAUAAUAUGUAUCAAUAAGUAUGCAUACAUUAGAAAAAUGUGUAUAAUACUUAAGGGUAAUGUUAAUAUAAAUGUCUAAUUGGGUCCCUCUUUUUUUGUUAUUUGUCAUGUUAGAUUAUAUUCCAUGUGAUUUCAUGGCUUUGCGGAAUCUCUAUUCGGUUUAAUUCCAGUCGGUGUACUUUUUAUUUAAUCAUGCUAAAUGUUGCACUGCUAUCGCCCCAACAACAUGAGCUGAAUGUUUUGGGAAGACGUUCACUUCAGUCUUAUAUGUAUUACACUCAAAGACCUCAACAUUUUAAAAUCCUAAGGAUUACGAUUGGAAGGGCUUUUGUUAAUCUUUAUCACCAGCCAAAUCUAACCUUUUUCAACCUUGUGUUUUCCCCAUAAAUCAGUGAAAGCAGCAGUUAAAUAUGUAAGUCACUGUAGGAGUUUAUGCUUUAGGCUUUACUUGAAUAUGAGGCUGCAAGUCAAAGUAACUGAAACAUCUUCAAAGCAUUAGAUCUUAAUCAAUGAGGGCUCCUCGGGUUUCUUAGCCAAGGCCCUUUAAAGAUAUCUAUGAAUAGCAUUUGUUAUGCCAUUAUGUAAUAAUUAAUAGAUUAAUUUAGAUCUGCAAAGUGUCAAAUAUCUCUAUUUUUGUUUUCAGCCUUCCACUAAUUACUUGUAAGAAGGAAAGUGUAUUAGUAAUACAUUGCUUGUCCUAAAAAGAGCUCUGCUUUCAUCUGAUGGCAAUCAUUAUUUGGAUUAACUGAUUAAAUGAAUGUUGCCAUGUGACAUUUAGAAUCUUAACUAUUUUGAUUAUUUAUCUAAUAAUGUCUAUGAUGUAUUUUAGGAUUAUGAAGUGAAAUAAAAUUACCUUUUUGUCAGAUUUGUUGUUUAAUCCAAACUAUUUUAUUCAGUUGAUUUAUUUGCUAAAGGCAAACACCUCCAAAUGUGAUUUAUUAACAAGUUUAUCAAAUAAGUCCUCUAUUAUGCAUCAUUUCAAAUGUUUGCUUUUUUACUGUAUGUAAAGCAACAACAAAACUGUUUAUUUCUUAUCCAUCCAUUUUUUUUAAACAAAUCGAUUUAAUAUUUACUGUGUGCACCUUUUUGUUUUCAAGAAAGUCCCGUGAAAUUGGCCUAUAAUG